CACAUGAUUUAAGUAGUAAAUUUGGAGAGCAAUCCAAGGAGACGUUGGCGGCCUGCAUGAGUUAUGCAUUUCGGGGAGUGGUUACGGUCACUUCGCUCCGGCGCGGGACUCAAAGGGUCUGAAUCAGAGGACUUCUGGAGUCUUCUGCCAUCUCUGCCUCUGUCCUCCUUCUCCCUGUCCUCCCUGUCGCUGUCACCCUCCUCUCUGCUGGGUUUAGGAGCCCUGGCCUCUCUCACUGCGUACUGGCUGGUGACCCGUCCUCGACCCAUGCGUGCCCCCUGCGAUCUGCAAGCCCAGUCCGUGGCUGUGAAUGGAGAUCCCAGCUGCAGGCGAUCGGCUCUUCUUAAAGAUGACACACUGAUGGAGUUUUACUACGAUGACACCAAGACGGCCUAUGACAUGUUCCAGAGAGGCCUGAGGAUCACAGGAAAUGGCCCAUGUCUUGGCUUCAGAAAGCCAGGGCAGCCCUACGAGUGGAUCUCCUACACUGAGGUGGCUGAGCAGGCGCAGGUGCUGGGCUCUGGGCUGUUGGCCAAAGGCUGCAAGUCGAAUCUGGAGCAGUUUGUCGGGAUAUUUGCACAAAACAGACCAGAGUGGAUCAUCUCAGAGCUGGCCUGCUACACCUACUCCAUGGUGGUGGUGCCUCUGUAUGAUACACUGGGUCUGGAAGCCAUGGUCCACAUACUCAACCUGGCGGAGAUCUCGCUGGUGAUCUGUGACCGGGAGGACAAGGUGUCUUUGUUGGAGAACAAGGAGAAAGGCGUGAUUCCGAAGCUCUCCUGCCUGGUUCUCUUUAGCGAUUUCAGUGAUGCGUUUGUGGAGAGGGCGAAGAAUUGCGAGGUGGAGGUUUUGAAACUGGAGCAGCUCAUGGACCUGGGAAGGCGGAACCUCAAAGAUCCUGUGCCGCCCCAGCCUCAGGAUUUGGCCGUGGUUUGCUUCACCAGUGGAACCACAGGGAAGCCCAAGGGAGCCAUGAUCACCCACGGCAACAUCGCCUCCAACACUUCCUCUGUCAUUAAGAUCCUGGAGGGUUCGUUUGUCUUCCAACAAGAGGAUGUGUCGAUCUCUUACUUGCCGCUUGCCCACAUGUUUGAGAGGAUGAUUCAGGUCUCCAUGUUCUGCCAUGGGGCCAGAGUAGGAUUCUACCAAGGCGACAUUUCUCUUCUUAUGGAUGACAUUAAAACUCUGAAACCUACCUUCUUUCCUGUUGUGCCUCGUUUACUCAAUCGCAUCUAUGACAAGAUCCUGGGUUCUGUGACCUCUCCGUUGCGACGGGCUUUGCUUCACUACGCUGUGAGGAGAAAGCAGGCGGAGCUCAAUAGUGGGAUUGUACGUAACAACAGUCUUUGGGACAAACUGGUGUUCAACAGGAUUCAGGCCAGUUUAGGAGGUAAUCUGCGUUUCGCCCUGACUGCUUCAGCACCCAUCUCCCCCACCGUGCUGUCCUUCCUCAGAGCCACUAUGGGCUGUCUGAUUUUUGAGGGUUACGGUCAAACUGAGUGCACUGCAGGCUGCACGUUCUCUAUGCCGGGAGACUGGAGCGCAGGUCAUGUUGGUGCUCCCUUGCCCUGUGCCAUGGUGAAGCUGGUAGACAUCCCUGAGAUGAACUACUAUGCUAAGAACGGAGACGGAGAGAUCUGCAUUCGUGGCCCCAGUGUGUUCAGAGGCUACCUGAGGGACCCAGAAAGGACAGCUGAAGCCUUGGACAGCGACGGCUGGCUGCACAGUGGAGACGUGGGCCAGUGGCUUCCAAAUGGGACACUACGCAUCAUCGACAGGAAGAAGCACAUCUUCAAGUUGUCCCAGGGAGAAUACAUUGCUCCAGAGAAGAUAGAAAACGUCUACACCCGUUGUGUUCCUGUGCUACAGGUGUUUGUGCACGGAGAUAGUUUACAGUCUUAUCUCAUAGGCAUAGUUGUGCCUGACCCUGAGGUGUUUGUUGACUGGGCUAAAGAGCGAGGAUUUGUGGGAUCCUACGAAGAACUAUGCCAGAAUCCAGAUGUAAAGAAGGCAGUAUUAGAUGACAUGACAGCUGUGGGGAAGGAAGCAGGGCUGAAGUCCUUUGAACAGGUGAAGGACCUUCACUUGCAUCCAGAGACAUUCAGCAUCGCCAACGGCCUUCUCACCCCGACGCUGAAGAGUAGACGUGCCGACAUCCGCAGAGUCUUUCAGGAACAAAUAUCAAGCAUGUACAGCAAGACAACCAUUUGAAAAGACUCCACUCAAUAAUUCACCCACAACAUUCAAGGGUUACUGGUGUCCAAUAAGGAGGAGGGGGGGAAAUGGGACUGGCACCGGGGAGAACAUUAAAAAUGUCCAGCUGUGCCUCAUCUGGAUAUAUUUUGGAAUACUGGUAUUUUGCUUCAAAGAAGUUUUAAUUCACAUCUACGUUACCAUCUCUUGCGCACAGUAAUGUAUUAACUCUUCACAUGGAAAAAUCACAGGGAAUUGGACCAAACUGAUAAAUUGUCUAGUUGUAGACAUAAGAAUCACAGAAGUUAUUAAGAAGCAACCUGCAUAAGACAUUUAAUUUACACUGCCCUGUUCUUUUCUCAUGUCUGGACUUUUAACGAGACACCCUAAGUGUACUUGGGGUGAUGCUGCUGAUAGAGCUCUUAUUAACUGUAGGUUUGUAUUUUACGAUUGUUGGGCACUCGUAUUGCCAUGCAGUCAUGCUCUUCAUGAACAUCUCUGAUCUUGAUUUUGUAACCCAGUUUGAACAUAUAAUCCUAUACCUGAAGUUAAACCUAAUGAGGGUUUCAAUCAGCAAUGAUUUGUAAAAAAGAAAAGGAAAAAGGCUCAACUGUAAAUACUGCUUAUAUUGACAUUUGUGGACAGGACUGACUAAUUCCAGUAAAAUAAAACUGAACAGAAAUAGA